AUUAUCUCCCUUGAACAGAAAAAUGUAGGUUGUCGCAAACUAUUGCAAAACUAAAACUUUUGAAGCCUACAAGAAUACCAAUGUCAAUGAAGUAAUUCCAUGGUUGCCUUCAUUAUUCUGACUGUAAACACUUAAAAUUUAUCAUUUCUUAGACGAAUAACACACAGAAGAAAUAUAGACAUUCAUCACUAGACAGACAAAGAAGCUAUGUCUUAUAACGAAGUUGAUGCAGUUAUCUCUCUUGAUGACACUUGUUGCCAUGCUAAUCGGCAAUCCUUGGGUAACUCCGCAACUUUGACGAAUCAUUGCCUUGCACCACUGGACCAAACAAGAUGUAAAAUUGAGGACCAAACUGUGUAUGAUGAAGAAUGGAGUUGUAAUUCAGAAUUGAGAAUAAAUACAGGAAUUAAACCAUUAACAUUUGAUAUAGAUAUUAGCACGAUCAAAGUGGAAAGUGAUUCAGAUAUUUCUGAAUUGCAAGGACACACGAGAACCCAAACAUCUGAUGAAACGUUUGUAUGUCGGCAAUCCUCGGGAAACUCCGCUACUGUGACGAAUCAUUGCUAUGCCAAUCCACAAUCCUCAGGAGACUUUGCUAUUGUGACAAAUGAUUGCCUUGCACCACUGGAUCAAACAAGAUGUAAAAUUGAGGACCAAACUGUGUAUGAUGAAGAAUGGAGUUGUAAUUCAGAAUUGAAAAUAAAUACAGGAAAUAUAGAUAUCAAAGCGGAGAGUGAUUCGGAGAAUUCUGUAUUGCAAGGACACAUGAGAACCCAAACAUCUGAUCAAACGUUUGUAUGUAGUGUAUGUGAUAAAAACUUCUUUCGGGAACCCGAUUUACUUGUACACAUGAGAGAACACCCACCUUAUAAAUGUUAUAAAUGUGAUAUAUGUCAAAAAGAGUGUAGUACAAAUUGCAACUUGAAAACCCAUAUGAAAACACAUACCAUGGAAAAACGUUUACAGACUCACACGAAAACACAUACUGGUGAUAAUCCUUAUAAAUGUGAUGUAUGUUAUAAAGUCUUAAAAACCAAAAGAAAUUUAAAAAGACACAAACAAAUACAUUCUGUUGGUGAACCACCUAUGAAAUGUGAAAUCUGCUGUAGAGGAUUCUAUAGCAAAAGCAUUUUAACUACCCACAUGAAAAUACAUACUGGAGAAAAACCUCACAAAUGUGAUGUAUGCAGCAAACGGUUUAAUCAUAAACCCAACUUAACUGUACACAUGAGAAUACACACGGGUGAAAAACCUUAUAAAUGUGACUUAUGUUGUAGAAUGUUUAAUUGUAAGGGGAAUUUUACUAAACACAUGGCAUCUCAUAAAGAUAAAGGCACCUGUACUGUGCACAAGAGAUUACAUACUGGUGAAACACCUUAUACAUGUGAUUUAUGUUGUAGAAGGUUUAAUAGUCAGGAGCAUAUUACUAAACACAUGGCAUUGCACAAAGGAAAAAGUAAACAAUUUAAAUGUAAUGAGUGUGGUUAUGAAUAUAAUUUGAAGAGUUUAUUACGAUUACACAUAAAGAAAACACACAUUAGACAUGUUAGAACGAGAGUUACUGAAUGUGAUGUAUGUGGUAAAAUGUGUAUAGAUCCAAGAACACUUACCAAACACAUGAGAACACAUAAGGUGCAGGAAUCUAAUAUCCAUUCUAAACAUAUAAAUAAUGUCACUGACGAUAGACCGUAUAAGUGUGAUGAAUGUUUUCGGGUGUUUAAACACAAAGCAAGCUUUGAUUAUCAUAAAAGUUUACAAAUAUGUACAGCAGGAAAUUCUUAUAAAUGUGAUGAAUGUUUUAAAGUGUUUAGAUUGAAAUAUAGUUUUGAUAAACACAUUAAAUUACAUUCAGGUUUUAAAUCUUAUAAAUGUGAUGUAUGUUGUGAAGAGUUUAAACACGAGGCAAGCUUAGAAUAUCACAUAAAGUCACAUACAGUUGUUAACUAUUACAAGUGUGGUGUGUGUUCUAGAGUGUUUGAAAACCAGACAAGCUUUGAAAGACACAUGAAAUUUCAUACUGAUGACUAGGAAAAAGCAAGCUUUGAAAGACACAUGAAAUUUCAUACUAGUGACUAAAAAAAAGACAACGUCAAGCACCUUUGACCUUCAACAUUGAACAAAACCCACCAUUUAGAUUGGAUAUUGUUUAUUAUCACUUGUAUAUUUGUCAAAGUUUUGAAUGAAAUCAAUUUUGAUUUCCUGCUGAGGUUAUAAUUAAUUUUUGAAAAUUACAAGUUUGCAUAUUUAUAGUUUUAAAUUUAUUAUAUUUAAUUGUUGGGUAACGAUUGCACAAACUGCAAUCAAAACCAUAUGUUACUGUCAGACUUGAUACAUAAAUCCUUCAAGGGUUAUCACUACCAUUUUGAUACACAAAAAAUAACGCAUUGAUCUUAAAAUAAUAUACAUCCUAUCUAUGAACAUUUCCAGAAAAUUAUGAAUUUGCUAUAUGCUCAGAUAUUCAAGUCUCAAAACGAUGUUCCACAUGACAGGAAAAUUACAAAGCUUUUGCAAGGUGCAGGAAUCUAAUAUCCAUUCUAAACAUAUAAAUAAUGUCAUUGUAAAAUCAACUUUAGAGAUUUAAGUUAUCUCCCAUUGUCCAGAAAGCAGUUGAAUUGACUAGCUUCAUUGACAACGAAAUAUUUGAUUUUACUGCCCAAGGAUAAAGUAAAGCAUAUCUUUACCCUUCUGUGCUUACAAAUCACUCACUUUGAUUUUGACAUUUGGAUGAAUUAAAUAGGCAUGUGGUCAUGGUGGUAUUUAAAUGAAUGUAUACAGAUUUUAUCCACAAAUUUAAAUGUUCAACGAAAUACAAAUUUCUUUAAAGGUAUCUAGAUUUUGACAGAUCACGAAAUCACAUAUCCAUGAAAAUGCAAGGGUUCCGCUGACCGCAUCAAUUGUAUCUCUUGUUUUGUUAAUUACUUUAAGAUUUAACCCGCACAAGUUGUAGUUUGUUUUAUGUUUUAAUCCACACAUGUUGUAUUUAAUCCGAAUGUGUUGUAGUAUGUGUAUUUAAUCCCUUAACUGUAAGUGUAAUUUAAUCCCCUUGAGUUGUAAUGUAUUUUUAAAUGUUUUCAGUAGUCUACAUUAGUAACAGUGUAUUUUCAUAUUUAAUCCCUUUAAAUUGUAAUGUAUUAUUAAGUAGUCUAUAUGAGUUACAGAGUAUAUUCAAAUUUAAUCCCCUUGAUUUGUUUUGUAUUUUCAAGUAGUCUACAUGAGUUACAAUGUAUUUUUAAAUUUGAAAUUUAAUCCUUUUGAAUUGUAAUGUAUUAUAAUGUAGUCUACAUGAGUAACAGUGUAUUUUCAAAUUUAAUUCCAUUGAGUUGUAAUGUAAAUGCGAUUAGUCUACAUGAGUUACAGUGUAUUUUUAAAUUUAAUCCCCUAUAGUUGUAAUGUAUUUUCAAGUAGUCUUCAUGAGUUACAAUGUAUUUUUAAAUUUCAAAUCUAAUCCUCUUAAAUUGUAAUGUAUUAUCAAGUAGUCUACAUGAGUUACAGUAUAUUUUCAAAUUUAAUCCCCCUGAGUUGUAAUGCAUUUUCAAAUAGUCUACAUGAGUUAUAGUGUAUAUUCAAAUUCAAUCCCCCUGAGUUGUAAUGCAUUUUCAAAUAGUCUACAUGAGUUAUAGUGUAUAUUUAAAUUCAAUCCCCCUGAGUUGUAAUGCAUUUUCAAAUAGUCUACAUGAGUUAUAGUGUAAAUUCAAAUUCAAUCCCAUUGAGUUGUAAUCUAGUUUCACGUAGUCUACACGAAUUACAGUGUAUUUUCAAAUUUGAGACCCUAUAGUUGUAAAGUAUUUUCAAGUAGUCUUCAUGAGUUACAAUGUAUUUUUAAAUUUCAAAUCUAAUCCUCUUGAAUUGUAAUGUAUUAUCAAGUAGUCUACAUGGGCUACAGUGUAUUUUCAAAUUUAAUCCCCCUGAGUUGUAAUGCAUUUUCAAAUAGUCUACAUGAGUUAUAGUGUAUAUUCAAAUUCAAUCCCAUUGAGUUGUAAUCUAGUUUCAAGUAGUCUACACGAAUUACAGUGUAUUUUCAAACUUAAUACCAUUGAAUUGUAAUUUAUUUUCAAAUAGUGUACACAGCUUAUAGUGUAUUUUCAAAUUUUAUUACACUGAGUUAUAAUGUAUGUUUGAGUAGUCUACAUGAGUUACAGUGUAUUUUUAAAUUUCAAAUUAAAUCCCCUUGAGUUGUAAUGUAUUUUCAAGUAGUGUACAUGACUAAUAGCGUAUUUUCAGAUUCAAUCCCUUUCAAGUUUGAGAUUUAUGUAUUUAAGAGUGGUCCAUUUGAGACCCUUCACAUGAGUCAGGGGCGGAUUUAGGCGGGGGCGUGGUGGGCGUGCGCCCCCCCUAAAAUUUGCAAAGCAUGGGUUGACCUCAACAUAUUUAAAGUAUCAGAAGAGGCCAUUCAAUCUUUUUGAACAUUCAAAGUAUAUAAAACAGUCAGUUUAACAGAAUCAACUUGAUUACUGAUCAACCGACCCACGCUUUAUUAAAGUUCUAUAAAUGAUUUCAAAAGAAGAUGUCAAACGCGGAGCUGCAUUUGAUGACAAGUAUAAUAGGUUUUUUACAGUUAAAGUAAAAACAAAUGUUACAUUGUAUUUGCGGUUUUUAUAAUCAAUUUGUUUGAUAAUUGAAGUUCCAAAACAUCCCUUACUCACUUUCACAAUUUCAUCAUGACACGGUCAAGAAAGCAGUCGGCAGGUGGGAUCUUUUAUAAUAUCCGUAAUGAAAGAUAGAAAUACUGUUUCAAGCGAAAGGUUAUUUUAUAAAUUUGUAUCUCUGUGUCUAUAUUUGUUUCUCAUUUGCAACCUAAAUAUUUAGCCGAAAUCUGUACCGUAUUACUGUAUGCUUGGAUACCUAGAAAAUAAACAUGCGUAAAUGCAUCUCAUUUUGAUUUUAGUUGUUUGUGGCGAACACAGUAAAGUCUGGCACGACCUCCGAAAAUCAAAAAUGUAAAAAACAGAUAGUAUGAAAAAACAAUUAAAAAUCGCUGGUAAAAGUAGAAAUUUUCGUUUGAAAAAUAUAUUGGUCUGGCGAGCAAUUGUGAUCUGUCUCGUCUCACAUUGCGUCCGUCUGUCCGCCCGUCUAUGUGUAGAUUGUUGUCAGGUGUGGAUUAAUAUAAAAAAGAAGAUGUGGUAUGAUUGCCAAUGAAACAACUAUCCACUAAAGACCAAAAUGAUACAAACAUUAACAACUUUAGGUCACCGGCUUUCAAGGCGGUUUCAGCUUGAAACUUUAAUUCCUCGCUAAUUUUAACUCACAAUAGUUCGAGAUAUCAACAUUGCACCCCUUUAGAAGAAUAUUUCAAGAAUUUUACCUAAAAAAACCUCCAAAAAAAUGUCUUAUAAUACACUGUUCCAAAAUAAAACUUUUGCGCCCCCCCUAACUUGAAAUCCUGGAUCCGCCCCUGUGAUUUAUGCAUAUUUUAAAAUAUAUUCCCAAUGAGUUGUAUUUUUAAAUCUUAUUCACAUGAGUUGAUUUAUAUUAUAAAUUUCAAUCAACGAUGUGGUAGUGUACUCUAAAUCUAUUUCUCAUGAGUUAAUGAAUUAGUUAUCUGCAUUGAGGUGAAAUUUGAUAUACAUCACAUGAGUGGUAUUUGUAGUGUAUUUUAAAUCUUAGUCACACUUAUUACUAGUUGAACUUGUAGUGUAUUUUAAAAUACAUUGAAUGGACACAUCAACACUUUUGGGACUGACUUGAUAUCUAUUUCAAUGCUAUUUGGUAUCCUUUAAAAAGAAUUUCAUGUUCAAGUGUUCCAUAAAGUAUGUAUUUCAUAUAAGCUUGUAUGCAAAACUUUUAGGUUCCUCAAUACAUGAAAAAUGUACCAUUAUGUCCAUGAAAAUAUACUUGAUCAUGAUACUAUAAUAUGUAAUGAGUUAUCAGUAUUGAUUACUUUUUUUUUUUUACAUUCUUAACUUAAGUAAUUGGGACACUAAAGUCUAUAAUUGUGUUUUUUUAAGGUAGCACUACUGUCUAACAAUGAUUUUUUGAAGAUAUUUUUUUUAUCACAUAAUUUUGAAGUAGGUACUAUUCUGCACAGUUUGUAAAAAUCCCAAAUUCAUUAUCAUAUUGCAACAGGGAGUAAAUUGAUAAUUGACUUAUGUAAAUAAAAGCACAUGGUGAUUAAUCUAAAUAUAUAGGCAUUUGGGAGGGGCUAAUAUGUCAAUCAUCUGUUGAUGCCAGUGUCCAGCUGUUAAUCCCUGACCAUAAGAUAAAUAUUGUAGUCUUAUCUCAUUGUUCUGCAACAAAAAUAAUUUAUAUAACAGGGAAGUGAACAGAGAAAAGAAAAAAAUCUAAAGGGAACAAAAACUACCAAAAAUGAAAAAAAAUACUAUGGAAAAGAUUAAGAAAGUAUUAAAAGCCUCUGACUGCCUGUAUAAAUUUAUUUCAUUGGUCUUCUUCAUUUGAAUACAGUUUUAUGCAGUUAAACUAAUUUUCAGUUUAUGUGUAAUUUUUCAAUUCCAUUAAAUUAAAAAAAUUCAGAGGAAAAGUGUAUUUUCAAGAAGAGGAUGGUCUAACUCUUGAUCUUUUUAUGAACAUGUUUUUUAUGCACAUUUCUAAUGUUCUACCUUAUUUCAGACAUAGUUUAUUUCUUUUUUAAAAUUUAAAUGAAAAUUAUCCUUUAUAUAUAGAGAAUAAUGAUGUUAAGCAUUGAUUAUAUGCAGCUGGUCAAUCAUGUUAUUCUCUUAUCUUAGACUGUCUGGAAAGAGGUGGAGCUUUGUCUAUAUUUAAUUACUACAUUAUAGAUGUUGGUCAAAUCUGUGACGUCACACUCCCGCCAAAUGCCAAGUUAGUGUUGGACAGUUCACAUAUAAUGCUAAAUUUACAGUAUAAGAGCAUCAAAGACACAAAGUGUGUGGUUCUAUUGAUAUAGUAAUGGUAUCAGAACACUCCUGGGGUGUUCCAAGUGGAAUUUUUGUAUUUAUAUUGACUUUACAGAGGUUCUAAGGGGGACAUUCAGUUUUUAGGUCAUUUCUCAGAACAAUUUUUCAUGAGAAUUGUAAUGAAAAAAUGAAAAUAGAAACUUUAUGGGUACCCCCUUUGGCUUGACUUUGAUAUAUAUGAUUAAAGGGUGUAUUUUCUACAAUACCGUGUCCCAGUUUUUGGAUAAUAUGCUUCUAAAUGAAUUUAUAGGUCUCCAAAGAUGAAAGGUGAAAUGAGGUUUGGAACCCAGCAGUUAAAUCAACAUAUCUUCUUACUGGAGGCAUAUAUCAAAAAUCUAAGACACGGUUUUGUUGAUUUUAUAUGGUUGAUUAAAGGAAUGAAAACAAAUUUUUACUACCAUUUGACAUGAAUGUGCCAUUUUGAUUUAAGUUGGAAGACCACUUUUUUGGCAAUUAAUGAGCUAUAUUUUGAGAUUAAUCAAACCAAAAAUAAUUUUUAAAUAGAUUAAGAAAGAGUUAUAUUUCAGCUUUAAAAUGAGUUAUAGAUUUUAAAAAUCCAUUGAGUAGUUUUAGAGAAAUUAAUCUUUAAAGACUGUUGAUUGGAGUCAGAAAAUUCUGACUGUAGUGCUACCUUAAUCGAGACUGCAGUUAUCAGGUCUACAUAUGUCCCAUUUAAGGGGACUUUGUUUAUCUGUCUGUCUGUCGAGCUUCAGGUUAAAGUUUUUCCUCGGGUUAAAGUUUUUGGUCGAGAUAGUUAUUGAUAAAAUUGAAGUCCAAUCAACAUGAAACUUAGUACACAUGUUCCAUAUGGCAUGUUCUUAUAAGAGAUUUUACCUAAUUUUCAUGGUCCACUGAACUGAAAAUGAUAGUGUGGAUGGGACAUCCUUGUACUUUUUGUAUUUUGUUUUGUUUUUGUUAUUUUAGUUGCAAGGAAUCAAUCUGUAUAUUUAUCAUGUUGAUAAUGAAAAAUUGUAAUUAUUAUGUGUUUAUAUUAUUAUACAAUUAAAUUGUUGCAUUAUA